AUGGGCGAACAGCAAAUCUCAGCUACAGUGCCGCGUGACAGAACCGAUGAACAGGCAAUCUUGGCUUUGAAGAAAGGUGCACAACUUCUGAAAUGUCGGAGAAGAGGAAACCCAAAGUUUUGUCCUUUUAAACUCUCCAUGGAUGAGAAGUAUCUGAUUUGGUACUCAGGACAAGAAGAGAGACAAUUGAGAUUGAGUUCUGUUAUAACAAUUGUCCGAGGACAGAUCACACAUAACUUUCAGAAACAAGCUCAACCGGAUCGAAAGGAGCAGUCUUUUUCACUCAUUUAUGCAAAUGGAGAACACACUCUUGAUCUCAUAUGCAAAGAUAAAGCACAAGCAGACUCUUGGUUUAAAGGCCUUAGAGCAGUGAUAACGAAGCAUCACAACAUUCGAACAUCCACGAGUCUUCAUCGGUCUAGCAGAGGAGCUCAAAGCUGCAUCAGUAGUCCUGCUGGUUUUAUGCGCAGGAAACAGAAUCUUGGACUUCUUGAAGAGACCCCUGACUUCACUCAGAUACGGAGUUUAUGUGGAAGUCCAUCUACACUAUUAGAGGAACGAUGUUUAUCGAACGGCUUAUCUUGUUCUUCAGAUAGUUUCUACUCUGUUGAAUCAUCUGCAUCUGAAGCCUUUGGUCCAGUCUCUCCUUACUAUGAAUCAGAUUACAACAACAUUAGGAACUCUGAUUGUGAUGACCGUACUGUCUCAGAGCUUUGUAGGCAUUCAUCACAGAGGUUUCUUGCUUCUCCUCCUCCUCUUCCUCCUCCUAUCACAACUCAACAGAUUACAAGAUCAAAUGUGCUCAAAGACAUAAUGAUAUGGGGAGCUACAUCGGGUCUAAUCGAAGGAUCGAAGAAUCAGAACGACUCGUUAUCUCCUCAGCUUUUAGAGUCAGCCACAAUGUUUGAUGUACAGAGUGUAUCUCUGGGAGCUAAGCACGCAGCGCUUGUUACAAGACAAGGUGAAGUGUUUUGCUGGGGAAAUGGAGAAAGUGGCAAGCUAGGGCUCAAAGUUAACAUCGAUAUCGAUCAUCCGAAACGCGUUGAGUCUCUUGAAGGUGUUCUUGUUGGUUCAGUGGCUUGUAGUGACCAUCAAACAUCCGCUGUGACUGAGUCCGGAGAGCUGUAUCUAUGGGGAAUCGACGGUGGUAACAUUGGUGAAUCAGGGAGACAGUUCUUGACAAGGAAAGUAUCAGAUGAUGUUCUUGGUGGUUCUUUGAGUGUUUGUAGCGUCGCUUGUGGCGCGUGGCACACGGCGAUUGUGGCUAGUUCCGGUCAGCUUUUCACUUACGGCAGUGGAACGUUUGGAGUUCUUGGACAUGGGAGUCUUGAGAACGUUUCAAAGCCGAAAGAAGUCGAGUCUUUGAAACGAAUGAAGGUAAUAUCAGUCUCUUGUGGACCGUGGCACACGGCUGCGGUAGUUGAAACCGGAAUAGACCGGAGAUACCACAAUGCUAGAAGCUCCGGGAAGUUGUUUACUUGGGGAGAUGGAGAUAAAGGACGGUUAGGUCACGUGGACAGCAAGCGAAAGCUUGUCCCAACUUGUGUUACCGAGCUAGUUGAUCAUGACUUUGUUAAAGUCUCUUGUGGAUGGACUUUAACGGUUGCGUUGAGCGUUAGAGGGAGUGUUUACACAAUGGGAAGCUCGAUCCACGGACAGUUGGGAUGUCCGCGGGCGAAAGAUAAGUCGAUAAACGCGGUUUUAGGCGAUUUGGGUCGACAGUUUGUUAAGGAUGUAGCGUCAGGUUCACAUCAUGUAGCUGUGCUAACUUCUUUUGGGAAUGUUUAUAGUUGGGGCAAAGGUUUGAAUGGACAGCUCGGUUUAGGCGAUGUUCGGGAUCGGAACGCGCCGGUUCUUGUUGAGUCUUUGAGUGAUAGGGUUGUAGAGAGUAUAGCUUGUGGGUUGAGUCUGACUUGUGCGAUAAGUUUGCAUAAAGAGAUCUCUUUGAAUGAUCAGACUUCUUGCAGUUCUUGCAAAUCGGUUUUCGGGUUUACGAGGAAGAAGCAUAACUGUUACAACUGUGGUCUCUUGUUCUGCAACGCUUGUAGUUGCAAGAAAGCUGUGAAUGCUGCUUUGGCGCCGAACAAAAGCAAGCUCUCUAGGGUUUGCGAUUCUUGCUUUGAUCAUCUUUGGAGGAUGACAGAGUUUUCAAGAGGUGGUAAGAUGGAGAAGUGUCAUACUCCCAGAAUGCAGAUGAUGGUUGCACGAAGAGUGUCUGAGGAAUUGAUAGAAAGCGAAUCAGAGACUCAGUUGCAGAGUCUUUCACAAGCUAAUGCGAAUGAACAGCCUCGAUGGGGACAAGUCUCUGUUCCUCCUCUGUUUCAUUUUGAUAACGUGUCACUCUCUUUGAAUCUAUCAGUCUCGUCAAGAAGACCUUCUUCUACAAAGAUCUCGACCUCAUCGGAGUCGAAUAAGCUCUUAAUCGAAGAAAUUGAAAGGCUUAAAGGAGAGAUAAGAAAUCUCCGGAAGCAGUGUGAGAUUGGUAAUGAGAAGAUCGAAGAAUGCCAAAGAGAGCUUGAAAGGACUUCAGAAGUUGCUAAAGAAGAAGCAGAGAAGUCUAAAGCUGCUAAAGAGAUAAUCAAAGCAAUGGCCUCAAAGCUUCAAACGAAUAAGGAGAAACAGAGCAAUCCUAAGACUUCUCAAGUCUCACCAAUCUUUGAUGAUUCAGUGUCAAGUCCAUAUCUCACACCAAUCACCACGACUUGUUUAGAAUCCAAAAGCAAAGAAGUUGUGGAAAAAUGUGGAACGAAAUCAUUGAGCCGCGAGAGCAACAUUAGGCUAUUGGUAGAUGCAUCGCCUGCCAUAUCAAGAACAGGGCAGCUUCUAAAUGGAACUCAAGAAUCAACAUCAGAGCAAGUGGAGCAGUUCGAGCCCGGUGUGUAUAUAACUUUCACGGCCUUGCCUUGUGGUCAGAAGACGCUUAAACGUGUGCGGUUUAGUCGAAAGAGGUUUUCAGAGAAGGAAGCACAAAAAUGGUGGGAGGAGAAGCAGGUUUUGGUGUAUAAGAAGUAUGAUGCUGAAACAUAA